AUGUUCUUGAACACAGCUCCCCGGAGGUCGUUCAGCAUGCCCAUUAACAUCAACCUGCUGGGUGCUCGCAGGCAGCAGACACGAGACUUCCUCCACAGAGGGGAGAAGCAGGAGCGGUGUAAAGGUGUGGAUGAUCGUGGAGUGCAGCGAGCUCAUACCCAGAUACCAGUGUCGAGUGUCGGGGAGGACAGAGUCAUCCUGCUGGGCUUCACUAUGAUGGCCUUCUCUGUGCUCAUGUUCUUUGUGGUCGGCAUCACUAUGGUCAAACCUUGUAUUGACAGGAACUGGGAGGAGAAGGCCAGCUGUGUUCUGCUGAAUACCGAAAUCCUGGAGGUGGACUGCAGAGGUGUGAGCACUGUGCCGUGCCUCAGGGUGACAGUUAACCUCACAGCCUCCAAUCAGAUGGUUUUUCUGCACUUUGACGAGGAAUCGGUCCUCCUUGCUCCUGAGUGUUUCUACAUACCCAAAUGUCAGAGGGACAGAACAGAACUUCUAAAGGAAGUAGAGAAAGUGAAAACCAAAUUGGACGCUCAUCAGGGGAACACCUCAUCCUGCUUCACUGACCGCGCGAGGCACCCCAGGGUUGUCAUCUUGCACAAGAAGUACACCUGUCAGGAGGCCCUGUUUGCCUUGCAGUGGCCCUGUCUGAUGGUGGGUGGCGGAGCUCUGUUGGUGGGCCUUGUGAAGCUGACACAGCACUUAGCCCAUCUCUCCUCUGAGAUGUGCAGUGAGACUGCAGGGGGCAGGCUGACAUCAAGACACACUCAGGGCAAACUGUACAGACUCCUCCAGAGGUCCAGCAUGCAGUCUCCUUCAUGA